AUGCCAUGGUCUGAAAAUAUCUAUGGUCCAGACGGCCCAUGGCACGCUGUCUCCGUGAACAUUGGCAUCCCACGCCAGGCCGUGGACCUGUAUCCUGGCGGCAGAUGGUCCGGCACCAUAUUAACAUCAUCCGUCUGCGACAAACAAACCCCUUGCUAUUCAAAGAAGGCCGGUCUUUACAAUCAAAGCGUGUCGGAUACGGCGGGAGAUAUCACCGACUUUGGCAGCCCUGGAGGCUUCACUAUAACCAACGUAGCCGGAAGUGCCGUUACAAAAACCCUCCACGACACAGUCAAUUGGGGCUCUAUCAAGGUCCCAAAUGUCAGUCUGACGGCUGUCGAGAGUGUCCACCAAACGUACCCCGGCGGACAAAAGAUUCCGGUCGAAGUUGGGGUGCUGUCAUUGGGAUCACCGCAAAUCUCCCAUGUCGAUUACGGGACAUGGAUGUUCAUACCCGGUUACUUGUGGACCGUGGGGGAGAUUCCAUCAUAUUCGUAUGGACUGCAUAUCGGUUCGGCAUCUCAGAACAUCCCAGGUUCCUUGUAUCUGGGUGGAUAUGAUCAGAAUCGCGUUCUGGGAGAUAUCUCGACCCAGUCGUUCAUUUCUUUUUCGUCAGCUGAACCUGGUGGUCAGCUUAUGAUCGACAUGACAGACAUUGGUCUGGGGGUGGCGACGGGUGGUUCCCCAUGGAAUUUCACCAUGAAGGAUGGACUUCUGACACAAUCAAACUCGAGCAUCUUGGCCCCUUUCAGCGUAGAAGUCAAUCCUGUCAAGCCCUAUCUCUAUCUCCCUCAGAGUACCUGUGAUGCCAUUACAUCCCAUCUCCCAGUUACCUUCAAUCAGAGUUUGGGCCUCUAUCUCUGGGAUACUGAUAGUAGCCACUACCAAGCCAUCACUUCAUCUCCCGCAUACCUCUGGUUUAUGUUUCUGAAGGACACGCAAAAUAACCAGAAUAUUACGAUUAAGGUUCCUUUUGCCCUCCUCAACCUCACAUUGGAAGCUCCCCUGGUAGAGCAGUCAACACCAUAUUUCCCCUGCUACCCCGUCAAUGAUACCUACACAAUCGGAAGAGCAUUCCUCCAGGCAGCUUUUAUCAGUGUAAACUGGGCCACCGGUGAUAGUGACGGCAGAUGGUUUCUUGCUCAAGCACCUGGCCCAGCAGUCGCUAGCACUGCAAGCAUACAACCCAUUGCUGUUGAAGACAAGAGCAUCUCAGGCUCAACCAGUUCUUGGGAGAACUCCUGGGAAGGCCGCUGGACCCCAUUACCCGACGAUUCCAAUUCCAACACCACUUCUAAUUCCACUUUAGUCUCCGAUUCCGACAGCCCUCUUUCGAUAGGUGCAAAGGCAGGUAUUGGAGUUGGAUGUGCCGUUGCUGGACUCGUCUUGAUCGGUGCCGUGUUCUGGAUAUUGGUCCUCCGUCGCAGACGCGCAGCAGUGGAGAAAGCUGCAAAUGACCCGAACAAAAAUGCAUUUGAUAAUGGCUUUGUUCAAAGGCGGCCUCAGUAUUAUCCACACGAGCUAGGGGUUCGGCCUGAGGAUAGUGUGAUGCCCUCGGAGGCACAUGGCGUACCAAUCCGAUUACGAAACCCGCCAGAUGAGCAUGUUGAGAUGAGCACUUAA